ACUAGACUUUAUUGAAUAUGAGUCGAUUACAAAACAGUCAAGCAAACUAAAAUAACAUGAAAGCAAAUUUCGACAAAACAAGCUACACACAAGAACUGGAAAUCAACAAACUGAAAUGCAGGGAAACUAAAGCGUUGGUUCUGCAACAUACUCCUCCAUCAUCACGUUCUGCUCUCGAAGUCUCAUUGAUGCGGACGUUUAGAGCUUUUGGUGAAUUUUCAGAGUUUUUAGUUGGGAACCUCUUCUUCUGCUGCCGCUUCCUCUAUUUAUAGUGUUCUUUCUGCCCAUGUUCUUGGCGGUUUUUCUUGGAUGUACGAUGGCUUCGUGGGUUUUGAAUUUUGGCGUCAUACCCCACGUUUAACCGAUGGUCUUCGCGCACGUGACUCUAUUGCCACGUGGAUGGUUCUGAGUCGUGGGCAACCGUUGCUAUUUGUGGCAUCGUGGGUGUACGCACGUGCUUGUAGUUGCUUGUUAUUCGGUAACUGCCUCUUCCAUUAAGAUGAUCGAGAUUUCUUCAUCUUCUGAGUGUGUCGAGUUAUGGCUUUUACUAACUUGUCUUUGAGGGACAUCGUGUGCUGAGUUACCGGCUUCGCCAAACCCUUUCUGUCGAGAAACCACUUUUGCACCAUGGUGUCGAGAAUUGUAGUACUUGUAAUUUUGGCUUAACAGUUGCCCCCCAAAAAUGUUGGUUGUCGACUGCUUUAGCUCGAAGACACCAAGCAUUUUUUAUCGCAGCCGUUCGAUUCCAACGAUUCAAAUGCUUUGUGCUCUCGACCAUUCGAUCUUCAAGUCCAAUCAGCAGCCAUAACGUCUGAUGACUUCUCCACUAGCUGACAGUUAUAGCCUUUUUAGGGCCAUGAUUUCACCUAUGCCAAAAAGUUGAGAGGUGACAUGAAUUAACGAAUAAAAUAAUCGCUUGGACCCCAAAUUUUUAUAAAUUGCUGCUCAAUGCGGCUUGGGUUCCGUUUUCCCUUCUGUUUAUAAAUACCCUCUUGGUAUUCCUUGUUCAAGCUUUACUCUUUCCUCCAACCUUCAACUUCUUCUUCCAGACUUCAUCACUUCAUCUUCUUCCGUCUUCUCUGAAAUACUUACUGCGUCUUUCAAUGGCUUCCAAUCCUGAGCAAACCAUUCCGUUAGCCACUGAGCUUAAGCUGGACGAGGCCAAGCGCGUGGCAAUCCCAGAGCCUCCCAACGAAGCAGAGAAGAGAGCUAUCUGGAAAUCCCAGGUACUCAUUCCUUUCUCUGUUAAUGGCACUUUACGCGCCAUUUUGGGUCCUUUGAAAGUAGUGAAGCAUGAUAGGCCCAAUAGUCUCCCCGAAGAACAUGAAUCAUUUCACCCUAGCGUUAGGGGAGAGGAGCUCAUUUUGGCAUUUCAACCCUCUUACCGUAUGCCAUUUCUUUCUGACCCAAAACGAGCCUUUCGUUCAGCCCCUCCUAACCCUUCUGCUAACGACAAGGCCUACCUGAAAUGGUUAGAUAGGGUUGAGGAAGAUAAGAGACAACACUGGAAGGAUGUAGGGAUUCUCGACUUGAUUCAGCUGUCGAGAUCUCCAAUCUCGUAUAACCCUGCUAUGCUGUUGAGUGCGCUUUAUUUCUGGGAGAGGUCCACUAAUUGCCUUCAUGUUCCCUUUGGUAUGAUCACCCCCACCCUCUUGGAUGUUGCUGCUAUCACCGGAUUGUGGCCCAUUGGUGAUGAUUAUCACUCUGCACCUGCUCCUGUUAAACCCAUCUCGAUUCCUACUGACAACAUUUCUUUUAGUCGAUUCAUUAAGGACCAUUAUGUCGAGAGUGGUGAGGUGUCUGAUGCUGAACAUGUCGCUUUCUUGCUGUAUUGGCUGUCUGCUUAUGUCUUCUGCACCAAAUCUUUGCGCAUACCUGCCAAGCUUUUGCCUUUAGCCAAUCUGCUUCACGAGGGUCGACAACUUGCUAUGGCUAGGCUCGUCCUUGGCAACCUGUAUCAAAUGCUGAAUGAAGUUGUCGAGGAUAUCCGGAAUACUAAGACCGUCUCUCUGAAUGCGGCUGGACCACUCUGGCUGUUUCAACUUUGGUUGAAUGCAGUCUUCGAAUCUCUUCUGCCGGUACGAGAUAAUCCUCCAACUGUUUCUAACACCCGGAUUGAUGCCCAUAGGCUCGAGACCCUGACCCAUGCUUAUGAUGCGUCGAGUUUCGAAGCUGAUUUCAGGAAGUACUUUACCAUGUUUCUCGAGCUGAAGCACUACCGUUCCAGUUUCUCUCCUUACAGCAAGGCUGUUCGUGGCCCUUUCUGGCUGAGGAAUUCCUAUCCUAAUGCUUCUGAUUCUGCAUUGCCCAAGGAGCACCACAUCACACUUUGGAGGACCCUCUUAUCUCCUAGGGUUUUAACUGUGGGCUUUGCUAGCAGUGACUACACUCUAUGUGGCUACAACCCUCAAUUGGUUUCUCGACAGUUUGGGCUUAGCCAAGUUCUACCCAACACUUUAUUUGACAAGAGUCUAGUCCUGUACCCCGGAGCUAUUAAGAGGGCUUCUGUUUUCGACACGACUGUUCAGUUUUAUAACAAGAGACUCCUCAACCUGAGCCCCUUCACUUACGCUCCUUCAUAUUAUGCCACUAAUGCUUUCAAAGCCUGGUGGUCUGAGUAUUGGGCUCAAAUUUCGAAGCCCCUCGUUGAUUGUCUGCAAUGCAUGACAGAUGCUUUUCUUUUGCAGAAGCAGGAUCCGAAGAAGACCAAAGGUAUGCACCUGGCAGAAAUUCGAUCUUUUCAAGAGUUCUUUGGUGUGGUAUAUUACCCAACUCUUCGCCUUCGAGAUACAGUUGCGAAAACAGCCCAAGUAUUAAGGCAAAAAUGGGAACUUAAAGCCAAGAAAUCCAAGUUAGUGGUUCCUCCUGGUGAGGAAGGUCUAUCUUUUGUUAUUCGAAAAACUGGCUUUAGGUUCCCGUCUUUGCCUACGAGUAAGUUUGCAUUGGCUUUUCCACCGGUCUUGCCUAAAUGGGUUGACCAUGUAAACAUAAAUGUGUUGGCCAAUCAAGCUCUACCUCCUCGAAAGCGAGUGACUUGGACUAAGUACCACCUAUGGAACUUUCCGUAUCAUGUGCCCGUCGAAAUCUUCAACCACAUAUCGCUGAACAUGCGUAUUGGUCAAGGUAAUACUUCGACUUGGCCUUGGUUUUCCUGUUUUACUUCUUAAUUUUUCUUUUGUUUGCAGCUGAAGUCAUUAUUCGACCAGCUCCUCAAGUUAUUUCCCCAGUGGCUCAUUCCUCCAAGGACAAGCCAGUCGUGAUUGAGGAUGAUGAUGAUGAUGAUGAGGAUGAUGAUGUCAGUCUUGCUGACAAGCUCAAGAGUCGAAAACGGAAACCUAAGCCCGUUGCUUCGGCCAGUCCGAAGAGGGCCAAGGGGGUUGGUGUUUCCACCCCUAGUGGGGCUUCUAAGUUGGCAUCUGAUGCUCAAACAGAAGUCGAUGACAAAGAGGGUGGUGGCGGCGCCGCCAUUCAGGUAUGUUCUCCAUUCUCGAGGGUACCUUGUGACAUUUUUAACCCGUGGUUUCCUAAUCUGAGUCAUCUCUUGUUUGUUUUGUUUCCUUUAGACUGAUGUUCAUGAGCACUCUACUUCCAAUCCUCCAUCCCGUGAGAAUUCCCCAGCUCCCAUUCCUGCAAAAUCCAAAACUGAAGGUGUCGAGAAACCUCCCAAGGCCGCAUCCUCAGCUAAAAAGACCUCCACGUCUGAGGGAAGGAGGAAGGUCAGGAGCAAAUCUCGUCAUAAGUCUCCUCGCCGUUCCAGAAGCUCCACCAACUCGAGCCCUUCUAAGGACUCUGCUUGCCAGGUAUCUUUAUAUUUUUCAUGUUUUGUUGACUCCUCUAAUAUGCGUUUUACUUUAUCGAAAGGGCAUUAAAGAGGUUUUUCUUGCACGAAACUCAGGGUGCAACUUCUCCCAUCCGCGAAACAGAGCCUCUUCCAGGCAAGGAUGACAACCCUAUGCCUCCUCCAAAAUCGACUGCCACUGUUUCGCCUCAAACCAAGGGUGGCUCUUCAUCUCAUGUGUCUAGUGAAAAGCUCGACACUUUAUUUGAGGAGGACCCGCUGGCAGCUUUGGAUAGCUUCCUCGAUGGCACCUUGGAAUGGGACUCUCCACCCCGUCAAGCUGAUGCCACUGCUGAGACUGCUCAAUCUAGUGGGGUAGCCAAUUCUCAGCAGAUCGAGGAGAGUAUGGGUCGGCUGAAGGCUAUUGUCUUCGCCAAUGGGUUCCUCGACCAGAUCCAAGCUGAUCCUCAAGCGAGCCAUGCUGCUAAGGAAUUGCUCGUCUUCCUUCUUGGCCAACGACUCGAUUCUCAACAGGCUGCUGCUUUGGCUAACCUUCAAUCUUUUUUAGUGGAUGCUUCAGCCACCUUUCAUCAAGUCAAGGACGUUGGUCAAGCUGUCAGCUUUAAGGAAGCAAAAGUCUCUGCUGGUAAAGCUCAAGUUGCAGCAAUGAAAGAGGACUUCAAGAAGUUCACUGCUAGGAAGGUUUUGAUCGCAGAUGAAAUCUCUGAAGUCGACAUCAAACUUGAAGAGCUGCAUCGAGAGAUUACCAAACUGGAGAAAAAGCGAGCUGAUUUGGUCGAGGAAGGCCCUGCUGUGAAGGAUCAGUUGGAUGUGCUUACUAAAGACUCCAAGGCUCUGAUCAUCUCGACAAAAGAGGUUAUCAAGGAAUUGGAGAUUGAUGAGGCUGUGAAGAAGGGUCUCGAUGCCAAGAUUGCCACCUUUGCUGAUUGUUUGAACUCUUUUAAAACCCUGUUGUAGGACUUUCUUUUAUUAAUAUGUAAUGAUGACACUAUUCUAACCAUGGCUUUCGAUGCCAAUUUGCGUGUAAUAUUUCG